AGCGGCGGCUGCCGUGGUUGCCUUAGUUGGAGGCGGACCGGCGGGAGCUGGAGGGCUGGAGGGGCGUAAGAUCGGGAGACCCCUGAGAGACCACUUCGGAGCGGUGCCUGGGGAGUCCUGGGGUCGGGGGCACGGGAGAAUUUCCUUGCAUUCGCGGGGAGAGCGCGCGGGGUGGGUCCCCAUGGCCGGGACUCGGAGCCGCGAUCCUUGGGGAGCCUCUGGGAUUUGCUAUGUUCUGGGCUCCCUGCUCGCCGGACUGCUCUUCUCACGGGCUGUCGCCUUCAAUCUGGACGUGAUGGGCGCCUUGCGCAAGGAGGGCGAGCCAGGCAGCCUUUUCGGCUUCUCUGUGGCCCUGCACAGGCAGUUACAGCCCCGACCCCAAAGCUGGCUGCUGGUAGGUGCUCCCCAGGCCCUGGCUCUUCCUGGGCAGCAGGCGAAUCGCACCGGAGGCCUGUUUGCUUGCCCGCUGAGCCUGGAGGAGACCGACUGCUACAGAGUGGACAUUGACCAGGGAGCUGAUGUGCAAAAGGAAAGCAAGGAGAACCAGUGGUUGGGAGUCAGUGUUCGGAGCCAGGGGCCUGGUGGCAAGAUUGUUACCUGUGCACACCUAUAUGAGGCAAGGCAGCGAGUAGACCAGAUCCUGGAGACGCGGGAUGUGAUUGGGCGCUGCUUCGUACUGAGCCAGGACCUGGCUAUCCACGACGAAUUGGAUGGUGGAGAAUGGAAGUUCUGUGAGGGGCGCCCCCAAGGCCACGAACAAUUUGGAUUCUGCCAGCAGGGCACAGCUGCCGCCUUCUCCCCUGACAACCACUACCUUCUCUUUGGGGCCCCAGGCACCUAUAAUUGGAAGGGCACAGCCAGGGUGGAGCUCUGUGUGCAGAGCUCAGCGGACCUGGCAGACCUGGACGACGGGCCCUACGAGGCGGGGGGUGAGAAGGAGCAGGACCCCCGUCUCAUCCCAGUCCCUGCCAACAGCUACUUUGGUUUCUCCAUCGACUCUGGGAAGGGUCUGGUGCGUGCAGAAGAGCUGAGCUUUGUGGCAGGGGCCCCCCGUGCCAACCACAAGGGUGCUGUGGUCAUUCUGCGCAAGGACAGUGCCAGUCGCCUGGUGCCUGAAGUUAUGCUGUCUGGGGAGCGCCUGACCUCUGGCUUUGGCUACUCGCUGGCUGUGGCCGAUCUCAACAACGAUGGCUGGCCAGACCUGAUAGUGGGUGCCCCCUACUUCUUUGAGCGCCAAGAAGAGCUGGGGGGUGCUGUAUAUGUAUACCUGAACCAGGGCGGUCACUGGGCUGGGAUCUCCCCUCUCCGGCUCUGUGGUUCACCAGACUCCAUGUUUGGGAUCAGCCUGGCUGUUCUAGGGGACCUCAACCAAGAUGGCUUCACAGAUAUUGCUGUGGGUGCUCCCUUUGAUGGGGAUGGGAAGGUCUUUAUCUACCACGGGAGCAGCCUGGGGGUUGUCACCAAGCCUUCACAGGUGCUGGAGGGUGAGGCCGUGGGCAUCCGGAGCUUUGGCUACUCGCUCUCAGGUGGCCUGGAUGUUGAUGGGAACCAUUAUCCCGACCUGCUGGUGGGCUCUCUGGCUGACACCGCUGUGCUUUUCAGGGCCAGACCUGUUCUCCAUGUCUCCCAUGAGGUCUUUAUUGCUCCACGAGCCAUUGACCUAGAGCAGCCCAACUGUGCUGGUGGCCACCUGGUCUGUGUGGACCUAAGGAUCUGUUUCAGUUACAUUGCGACCCCCAGCAGCUACAGCCCUAUUGUGGCUCUGGAUUAUGUGUUAGACGGGGACACAGACCGGAGGCUCCGGGGCCAGGUCCCCCGUGUGACCUUCCUGAGCCGUAGCCCAGAUGACCCCAAGCAUCAAGCCUCGGGCACCGUGUGGCUAAAGCACCAGCAUGACCGAGCCUGUGGAGACACCAUGUUCCAGCUACAGGAGAAUGUGAAAGACAAGCUUCGGGCCAUUGUGGUGACUUUGUCCUAUAGUCUCCAGACCCCUCGGCUCCGGCGACAGGCUCCUGGCCAGGGGCUACCCCCAGUGACCCCCAUCCUCAAUGCCCACCAGCCCAGCACCCAUCGGGCAGAGAUCCACUUCCUGAAGCAAGGCUGUGGUGAAGACAAGGUCUGCCAGAGCAACCUGCAGCUGGUCCGUGCCCGCUUCUGCACCCGGGUCAGCGACACGGAAUUCCAACCUCUGCCCAUGGAUGCCGAUGGGAUGACAGCUCUGUUUGCACUGAGCGGGCAGCCAGUCCUUGGCCUGGAGCUAGUGGUUACCAACCUGCCCUCAGAUCCUGCCCGGCCACAGGCUGAUGGGGAUGAUGCCCAUGAGGCCCAGCUCCUGGUCACCCUCCCGGCCUCGCUGCACUACUCAGGGGUUCGGGGCCUGGACCCUGCGGAGAAGCCACUCUGCCUGUCUAAUGAGAAUGCCUCCCAUGUCGAGUGUGAGCUGGGGAACCCCAUGAAGAGAGGUGCCCAGGUCACCUUCUACCUCAUCCUCAGCACCUCAGGGAUCACCAUUGAGACCACGGAGCUGGAGGUGGGGCUGCUGUUGGCCACGAUCAGUGAGCAGGAGCUCCAUCCCAUCUCCGCUCGGGCACGGGUGUUUAUUGAGCUGCCACUGUCCAUUGCAGGGGUGGCCACUCCCCAGCAACUCUUCUUCUCUGGGGUGGUGAGGGGUGAGGCAGCCAUGCGGUCUGAGCGUGAUGUGGGCAGCAAGGUCAAGUAUGAGGUCACGGUCUCCAACCAAGGCCAGUCGCUCAACACCCUGGGCUCUGCCUUCCUUAACAUCAUGUGGCCCCAUGAGAUUGCCAAUGGGAAGUGGCUGCUGUACCCCAUGCGAGUGGAACUGGAGGGUGGGCAGGGGCCCGGGCAGAAAGGACUCUGUUCCCCGAGGCCCAACAUUCUCCACCUGGAUGUAGACAGCAGGGAUCGGAGGCGGCGGGAGCUGGAGCCACCAGAGCUGCAGGAGUCUCGUGAGCAGCCAGAGCCCAGCACAUCUUGGUGGCCAGUGUCCUCUGUUGAGAAGAGGAAGAACAUUACCCUGGACUGCGCUCGGGGCACAGCCAACUGUGUGGUGUUCAGCUGCCCACUGUACACGUUCGACCGUGUGGCUGUGCUGCACGUCUGGGGCCGCCUCUGGAACAGCACCUUUCUGGAGGAAUACUCAGCUGUGAAGUCGCUGGAAGUGAUUGUCCGAGCCAACAUCACGGUUAAGUCCUCUAUCAAGAACUUGCUGCUCAGAGAUGCCUCCACAGUGAUCCCAGUGAUGGUAUACUUGGACCCCAUGGCUGUGGUGGCAGAAGGAGUCCCCUGGUGGGUCAUCCUCCUGGCUGUCUUGGCUGGGCUGCUAGUGCUGGCACUGCUGGUGCUGCUGCUGUGGAAGAUGGGAUUCUUCAAGCGGGCGAAGUACCCCGAGGCCACCGUGCCCCAGUACCACGCAGUGAAGAUUCCCCGGGAAGACCGACAGCAGUUCAAGGAGGAGAAGACGGGCACCAUCUUGAGGAACAACUGGGGCAGCCCCCGGCGGGAGGGCCCCGACGCACACCCCAUCCUAGCUGCUGAUGGGCAUCCCAUGCCAGGCACUGCUUAGCAUCCUCUGUCCAGCCUGGCCUAUGGGUCCCCUCCACUCCUUCCCUGGGUGAAGAGGGUAGAAUGGGUUGCUCAUAUCAUAUUAAGAUUUGGCAGGAUCUGCUUCCUCAGGGGCGCAGCCCUCUCCCACCCGUGAGAACUCCUGCCCCCCAGCUUUCCCUUAGGAUGCUGUGAGAUGAGAGGGCAUAAAUCAGGGUUAGGUGGGGCUGAGGGGUAGGGUGAGAGGGGCAGGGAUGUCCUGAUGCAAAGGUGGGGAGAUGGGAUCCUAAUCCCCCCUUUCCCAUCACCCUGUAUUAAAGGACCCCAAGGACCUAUCUCCUCGAAAGUGCCUUAGCCUAGAGGGUCGGGGAGGAGGUUGUGUCGCUGACUCAGGGACUCCUCCCACCCGAGUUCCCCAUCCCCGACCUUAGUUUGCUGUAUCACUCUAGUGGGUUUUGUCUAUUUAUUAAAAAAUAUUUGAGGACAAAAA